AUGGCAUCUGUGGGAAAGACUCCCAGCGAAGAACGCAGAGCAUCCACAGAGCAUCCAGUGGUGAGUGAGCCGAAGGAGUGGGCCGGCGCAGAUGAGUCAGACGAUGACAAACCUAUCGAGAAGCAUGCAAGCAGAUCCUUUGAAGCCCGGGAGAGGCGGCUAACCGUCGCCGCGGUGAAUCUCCAGAGCGACAAGAUCCUUGGUGACCAAGAGGUUACCGUGGUUGACCAGCAGAAAGAGUGGAAGGAUGGUGAGGAGUCCGAUGAAGAGGCAUCGCCCGACAGGGUGGCAAAGCGUGCCUCGCAGUCCUUCCAGAAGCGGGAAAGCCGCUUGGCCCAGGGCGCUGUCAUCCGCCGCAGCUUCUGUGAGAGCGAGGCCAGCCAUGUCGUCUCCUUCGAGCAAAGCGGAAGCGUGCGGCAGGCGGCACCAGCCGGUGACAGGUGUAGUGAUAGAUGUACCAACAUGUGUGUGGUAUCCUGA